AUGGAUCUUAUUCCUCUUUUAUGUGAGGGCAAGCCGCUUUCCGAAACCCAAUUUGGCGUGCUUAAAUGUGCCAGUGACGAUGUUCGGGAAAAAUGUCGCCAGGCUUUGCAAAACUCUCCACUGCUGGUCUUGCACAGUCUAGAAGGCUUCGGAUCUGCCGCUGCGGCGUUCCUUGUGUCGUCUUUGCCCGGAGACUGCUCUGCGCUCAUAAAAGAAUGUGAAAAAAAGUUGGAAACGUCUUCUUCGGAGCCUGGGCCGUCGCUAGACUUGUAUCUCUCUCUCUAUCUGAACUUGUGUCUCCAAAAUGACACACUGGAACCCGUUCUUCUCCUAUGUCCGUUCUUGAAGACACAGUACGACCGGGCUGUUACGUUGGCGUUGGUAUUAUACGCCAGAAAGUACGCCCUGAAGGCUGAAAGUCAGGCCAAGACGCUUGUGCAAAGAAUAUUGAACACAGACCCUGACCACAUUUCUGCGCUGGAGUUCCGAUCACUCUGCUCAACAAUAGAGCUUUUCUUUCCGAUUUUUCCCCAGUCCAUGAAAGCUCUUUACGUUCGGGCCCGGUGUAAGGAAAUCUUUCUUCAUCAGGCACAAAUGCUCGAAAACGGAAAGGGCAGUUCCAAUUCAAAGAUUGAAUGGCUUUUACGAGUCUUAUCGGCUUCCUGUGUCGAUGAGGGAGCCCGCAAGUUCAACACGGAUACGUAUCUACGUUUCCUAGUGGCUGGGACAGAAAUGGACUCACACGUGAUACUGUCUCUUUCGCUCUUGUGUCUUGUCAAGUUGUGGAAUUUCAGCCAGACAGAAAAGCAGAUCUCCUUUGAGACCUUAGUCCAGAGCAUCUGCAAUGGUUUCAAGUCCUGUGAUCUCCAAGAUAAAAGCAUCGAGUAUUUCUUGGAAUCUCUCGCAUACUUAUCUCUAGGAAAUGCAGCGAAGAAAGCAAUGAGAGACGAUGAGGACUUUUUGGAACGUCUCCUCUUUGUGUUGGAAACAACGAAAGACCCUUCGAACAUAUAUGGGGUUUUGCUUGUUUACCUGAACUUAUCAAAGUCCAGAGACCCGACCGCCGACAAAGACACAAACACAAUAAACUACUUGAAAAACAUCGCCGUACCAGGAAAUGACAGAGCCGCCAAUAACCCUGAAGAUGACGCAUUAUUUAAUGAAAACUUGGUCAUUUCCCAUAAGCUUGUGGGCUCUCUACGUGCUUUAAAGGUUACACAAGGGAACUCGCUUUCACAAAUUAUAAGGAUCAUCUACAACCUCUCUCUGAACCAUAAGCGUGAAAUUCAGCGAGAAAUCGUGGCACAGGGAGGCUUGAAUAUUGUAUUGAAGUAUCUCACACAAUAUAGUCUGGUGGAUAAGAAGACCCACAAGACACACGCAUCUUCGAUGGAAGAAGAGACUCUCGAGGUGAGACUUUGCGCCAUCCGGGCUUUGGCUACAAUCUGCCGGUCUGUGGACCCUAAACUUGCGUUUUCGGAAUUUGACAUCAAAACAACUGUGCCUUUCCUAGAGGAGCUUUUAGGAUUAGAAACAGAAGAACAGUCUUUCCAGACCCAAAAGGAUAAUCCUCGUGCGGUUUUCGCUUCGUCCAUUACAGUGCUAGACAAAUUAUGCUCUUUGUUAGCUCUAACCAACCUUUCUUCCAUGCCAAACAAGGCGCUCCAUGAAUCAAUAAUUACGAGAUUGUUCGAGCAGCAUCUCAAAGACUUAAUGUUGGAAACUUCUCAGCCGGACAUACAAAGGGCAGCAUGGGAACUCAUCAAUAAUUUGAUUUCCACGCCGAUGAUGCUUGCCAAAUUCUUCAAUUCAGAAAACCCAGAAAGCAUUCGUAAUUUGAACAUUUUGGUGAAGAUGUUGCAUUCGAAAAACGAAAGCUUGCAGGUUGUGAUAGCCGGACUACUAGCCAAUGCAACAAUGGAAUUUGAGUUGGUGGCCCAGGUCUUGAUGGAAAACCAGCAAGUGUUUGAGCAAAUUAUGGAAAUCAUUGCAAAUAUAUUACAGAAACAAGCGGACAACGACGAUCUUCUUCUAAGAGUGUUGACUUUCCUUCUUAAUUUGGUGGAGGUGGCGGUGGGUCACAAGCUUGACGCUUUAGACAAGAUUCAAAAUGAUAAGCCUUUGAAACAGGGGCUCAAAAAUGUGGUGAUAAGCACAAAAAACUCAGACAUUAUGUAUACUAUCCGAGGAAUAGUUGAGGCAGCUCAACUUAAGUUCUAA